CGGGACUGAGGCGGGCUGGCUCAGUGCAGCGGAGGCAGUGGGGGAAGAUGGCGGCGGCCGUUCCGCAGCGUGCAUGGACCGUGGAGCAGUUGCGCAGCGAGCAGCUGCCCAAGAAGGACAUUAUCAAGUUUCUGCAGGAUCACGGUUCAGAUUCGUUUCUUGCAGAACAUAAAUUAUUGGGAAACAUAAAAAAUGUAGCUAAGACUGCUAAUAAGGACCAUUUGGUUACUGCCUAUAACCAUCUUUUUGAAAGUAAGCGUUUCAAGGGUACUGAAACUGUAAGUAAAGUGUCCGAGCAAGUGAAAAACGUGAAGCUUAAUGAUGAUAAACCCAAAGAAUCCAAGUCUGAAGAGACUCUUGAUGAGGGUCCACCGAAAUACACAAAAUCUGUCCUAAAAAAGGGAGAUAAAACCAAUUUUCCAAAAAAGGGAGAUGUUGUUCACUGCUGGUAUACAGGGACACUCCCAGACGGAACUGUUUUUGAUACUAAUAUUCAAACAAGUUCGAAGAAGAAGAAAAAUGCCAAGCCGUUAAGUUUUAAGGUUGGAGUAGGCAAAGUUAUCAGAGGAUGGGAUGAGGCCCUCCUGACUAUGAGUAAAGGAGAAAAGGCUCGACUGGAGAUUGAGCCAGAAUGGGCCUAUGGAAAGAAAGGACAGCCUGAUGCCAAAAUUCCACCAAAUACCAAGCUCAUUUUUGAAGUAGAAUUAGUAGAUAUUGACUGAAACCAGUGCUUCGGCAACAACAAACACUUAUGUGAUUAGUGCUUGUUGUUAUUGUAAGGGAAAAGUCAACUGGAAAAUUUAAGGCAUUAAAGCUUGUUUACUUGAUCUCAAUUUUUGAGAAAUGUAACCAUCAGAUAUUUUACUACAGCUAUGUAAAGUAUUAAGGAGAAUUGCUUUUCCUUUUACCUCAUAAACUGAAAGGCUCAAUAAAACUGUCAUGGAUUGUCUUUA